UGUUGUGAUCUUCGUUUGACAAUAUGCCUGACAGUCACUUAUGAGCGUUUUUGUCACAGUUUUGUGACUUUAAAAGAAAGUUAGACUACUUCUCAGCUCUUUGGAGCGCAAUUAUGGAAGAGAAAAGUCUGAUUCUCGAGGGUUUGCCGGAUGAUUUUGACCGUGUGAAAUCAAAAGUUGAGCUUUAUUUUAAAAAUAAAAGAAGAUCCGGUGGAGAGAUCGGGGAGAUUCGAGAACAUCAAGAUGAUAAACGAAAGGCACUUCUGAUUUAUAUGAGUGAAGACGAUCUGAAGAAGGUGCUUGACAAAAGAAUCCAUAAAGUUGAUUUCAGAUCUAUGGGAACAGUUGAAGUGACAGUGAAACGACCAGAAGACACGAAAAGCAAAAAGAUCAAACCACAAGUUCUGCCAAAACCCAAGCUGGAGAAAAGCGCUCUCCUCAAGUCACUGCCCACUCCUGCAAACCAGGUCUCUGCAGUAAGACAGCCUGCAACAGACAUUAAAGACAAUGAGAAGGAUUCAGAAAUACCAGAUCUUCUAAUAACCACCCCUUCAUUAACUUCGGUUGAUAAGGAAACACUUCAGAUGUAUUUUGAGCAAUUUACAGAGCAAUUUGAGCUAGCGAAGCACGGAAAUAACAGCUGGAUCCUGAAACUCUACAGCCAAUCAGACUUCAAGAAGAUUUUUGGCAAGGAAGAGCAUGAUAUUGGUGUAUCUUUACAAGUGUAUAAUGAAGGAGGUCUGGGAGAGAAGUCAGACCCCCGUCGCUUCAUCUUGACGGGGUUUGAUGGCGACACAGACUGCAAGAAAAUCUCAGUGUUCAUUGGCAGCUGUAGCAAGACACCAGAAUACACUUGGGAGACACUUGAUGAAGAUGAUAGGAUUGUUGUCACCUUCAAACAAGAUAUCGACGUGAAAUCCUUCAUAAGAAAAUGCACCUCAAAGCAACUGCAGGGCCGAGACAUCGGAGUGACGCGCAUGGAGCGGACGGACUCGAUCCUGGUCCAGGGAGAUCUGGAGAAGAUCAGUGAAGACAUCCUCACCCUGUACUUCAGCAACAAGAAGAAGAGCCGAGGAGGAGAUAUCCAGAACUUCAUCUGGAUCAACAGACGGAUGAGCGCCGUCAUCACCUUUGGGAACUGUGACGAUGCACAUGCAACGGUGGAACAGAAACACAGUGUUUGCGGCACAGACGUUCACGCUUCACUGUUUUACUCGAGUUUGCAAAAGGCUUUAACCGGAGAAAAACACACCCUGACCGACAUCACCACAAAAGUCAAAGUUUCGGCCAGCGAAGAUCUACUCCGAUUCUUCGAAACCAAUGAGCGUUGUAGAAAACAACUAGAGAGCGACGCCAAACUGCUUCAUGCCAAAGUUCUCAUCGACAGUGAAAUUAUUCUAGAGAUGGACGUCAAUAAAGAGUCUCUGACCGCCAUGCAAAUCGCACCAACUUGGGAGUCGAAGAUAUUGAGAGGAGUCCAGUCGUUUUUGAGUGGAUUCGACACAGAAGAGCUGAAAGUAGAGGACGACGUCUGGAGGAAAGUUGAAAAGGACUGUGACGCCCUCGUCACGAUUGAUGCAUCGCUCUCGUUUGAGGAGCGCACCUCUAAAGUCGUAAUUUCUGGAGUGAAAGAGCAGGUCAGGAUCCUUUCGGAUAAAAUCAGGAUUCUCCUGAAGAACGCCGCGUUUGAGGUCGAAGUGGAAAGAAACACGAUCGAAGCAACAAUUCAACUAGACUGCAUAGAGGCAUUCGAUCUAAUAAAACAGCGCGUACAGUCCAAACUAGGACAGGUGAGUCUAUCCCACGAUGAGAAACGGCAUGUUAUCUCCCUCAAAGGUUUGAAGGAGAACGUAAACCCAGUGGAGAUGCUCAUCAAAAACGCACAGAAGAACAUAAUCACGCACCGGCUGAAGCUUUCCCCUCAUCUGAUUGACUUUCUAAACUCGCUGGAUCUCCUCAAAUUUGAGCAGGACAACCAAAUCCCAGCUAGAUUGCUAAAGCGAACGGAUUUUUUCUGGAUUUUGGUCGAGAAGGAAAACCUGAAGGUAGCCGAAGAUAAAAUCGGUGAGAUUCUCAAAGAGGAGGUCAUACAGAUUUCUCCCGAUCAAACCGGUGUGACGCACUACCUCAGGAAUCUUCAGGACGAAAUCAAAGACAUCAGGAUCGCACAAUCAAACGCGCAGGUUGUAAUAUGCGGGCUUUCUAACGCAGUCGCGGAUGUUGCCGGAAAACUGAGGCGAUAUCUUGACAACAAGGAACCAACGACUGAAAACGUCCCUCUUAGAUCCGUGCGAGAGGUCGAGUUCGUGGACUCGUGCCUUAAUCUAUCCGAUCUCCCUGAAUUGAAGCGGCUUGGCGCGUCCGUACUUGCUUACAAAGCGGCGGAUUCUCCUUGUGUGAGGGUCACGGCGCCGAAGGAAAACAUUAAAGACGCCGCGGACGUCGUACGGCACGAGCUGUCGUCCAUAGUCGUGGAGAAGCACAAGUACGGCAAAGCAGGGGAAGCGAAAGUUCUGGAAAAGCACGAAGACAACGUGAAGACCAAAGCCAAGGAGAAGCAAUGCAACCUGUAUUUAUCAUCACGACAAGAACACACCGUCGCUCCUCCGAAGAGCUUCACGCACAAAAUAGGCGAUUUGGUGACUCUGAGCAUCGUUGAGGGAGACCUGCACCACUUUACCGCCGACGCGUUGAUAUGCACGAUGAACGGAAAUCUCGAUUUUAAAAACCCCGCGGCUCAGCGCUUUCUCACGUUUGGAGGCGACGCGAUUUCAGAAGUGUGUCAAACUCCCAAGAGGGAAAAGCAGAGCCUGUUACCCGGAGACGUGCUGGUCAGCGAUGCCGGCAAACUCAACGCCGAGACGCUAAUCUACGCCGUGCUUCCGCAGAAAGGUCAAGCGCUGGACUCGCACUACCUCCAGGCGUCCGUGAGAAACUGUCUCCUGAAAGCCGAGGGAAAGGGAUGCGUGUCCGUCGCGAUGCCGGCGUUUGGUUGCGAAACCUUCGGAUUCUCCGUCAAAGAGAGUUGGGUGGCGAUGCGAGCUGCCGUACUGCAGUUCUGCUCCGAGCGUCAGGAUUCACGUCAAAAUAGCGUUAGAGAUAUCAGCGUUGUGGAUUCGGAUGAGAAGAUCGUUGAGGAGUACAACGCUCUGAUCCGGGAACAAGGAUUUCCUGACAUCCCACUUCAAUCCCGGAAGGUUAAAUACGGAUCAGACAAAAGAGUGCGGAUCAAUGGUGUGCCAAUAUGCCUGAAGAAGGGUGACAUCACCAAAGAAACAGUGGAUGUCAUAGUGAAUUCAUCCAACCAAAGUUUAGAUCUUAACACCGGCGUUUCUGGUGCCAUCUUAAAAGCUGCAGGAAAAUCUGUUGUUGAUGAGUGCAAAAAGCUAGCUCCUCUGAAAGCAGGUUCAGCCGUGAUGACGAGCGCCGGAGCGCUUCGGUGUAAGAACAUCGCUCAGAUGGUCGGGCCGGCCAACGUCGCAGACGUCACAGCCUCUCUGGGAAAGGUUUUGAACCUCUGUGAGGGAAAGAUGGCCACAACUCUGGCCAUUCCUGCCAUUGGAACAGGACGAGGCGGCUUUGAACCGAGGGAAUCCAUCAAAGCCAUCUUCACCGCAAUCGAGAAACAUCUGAAGGAGCCGAACUCCUCCUGCUUCCGGAGCAUCACCAUCGUGGCCUACGAGCAGGAUCAGAAGACCUUCGAUGACUUCCGGGAAUACUUUAAACAGUGGAACAAGCCUGCAUGCAACAAGAUGCCCGAAAAUCAAGUCAAAAUCGGGGGCGUCAGAAUUGAGGUGAAGAAAGGGGACAUCACUACAGAAACUGUCCGAGGGAUCGUGAACACCACCAACAGAGACAUGAGCCUGAGAGGAGGUGUAUCGGGUGCCAUAUUUAAAGCAGCGGGAGCGUCUGUGGAGCAGGAGUGUCAGAAACACGGUCCGUUGCAGAACGACGUCGCAGCCGUGACCAGCGGCGGGAACCUGCAGUGUGAUGUCAUCAUCCACAUGGUGGGCCCGCACUCGGCGGCAGAGACCAGAUCCCGCGUGAAGAAAGUUCUGGAGCGCUGCGAGGAGAAGCAGAUCACCACGCUCUCCUUCCCCGCCGUCGGCACCGGUGGUGGAGGAGUUCAGGCUGCGGAUGCCAUCGCUGCCAUGCUGGAGGCCUUUGAGGAUCAUCUGACUACAAACAUCUCAACUGUGAUCAAGCUCAUCUACAUUGUGAUUAACCAGGAUAACAUCCUACAAGAGUUUCAGAGAGGUCUCAAAACAUGGGCUGCAAAAGCACAGGAAAGUGAGGAUGAGGAUGGUGAAGAUGAUGAUAGUGAAGAUGGUGAUGAUGAGUGGGAGGAUUUUAGCUCAAUGGAAGAAAGCUCGUCGUCUGACCAAGAAGCUGAUGCCAGCGGAAACCCAAUGGAGAUGAUAAUUGGCCCAAUUAAAGUCAAGGUGUUUUCUGGUGACAUCACCAAAGAGACUGUCGAGGCGAUUGUUAACAGCACGAACACAAGCCUCAAUCUGAACUCGGGUGUAUCAGGAGCCAUUCUCAAAGCAUCAGGACAAACAGUGGUGAACGAGUGCAAAACAAAAGCGCCUCUGCCGGCCGACGGUGUGAUCUUGACCAAAGCGGGAAAUCUUUCAAACAUCAAACACAUCGUUCAAAUGGUUGGGCAGACGACUGAGAAGGGCAUCAGCAGCUCCAUGUAUAAAGUUCUGACGAUGUGUGAAGAAAAUCACAUUCGGUCGGUUUCAUUCCCAGCUCUUGGGACGGGAGCUGGAAACUUGAUGGCAUCAGGAGUCGCCAAUGCAAUGACUGAAGCUCUGCUGAAGUUCGUAAAGGACUCGCCGAAACACCUGAAGGUCGUCCACAUCGUGAUCUUCCAAGCCAAACUCCUGCCUGCCUUUCAGGAAGCGGUCAAAAAGUGCAAGAAGAUUCCUCGGAAGGCUUCUGUACGUCAGCAGACGACGCCAGUGAGCCGAACUCGACUACCAACGCUUUGUCUUGCCAAAGAAACGGCCUCGGUCUCGUUCCCCGUUAUGUCCGUUGAGGUUUACGGGACGUCCCAUGCAAACCUCGCCGAGGUCAAGAGAAUCCUAGACGAGCUGAUCUCUGAUGAGUGCGUGAGUAAAGACAUCCAGUCAAGACACAUCGCUGAUCUUCCUGAAACCGACAAGAAGGACAUCGUUAGCCUCAGCCGAGCCAAUCAGGUCAGCGUUCUGGUGACCGGUCUGGAUAAGCUAACAGUAUCAGGGAAGAAAGAUGACGUUUUGGACGCCGUGCUGAAGAUAAACGGCUUCAUGCAAGCGGCGCGAGAGCGAGAGACGCGAGCGGGUGAGGUGAAGCGUCUGCGGGACAUGUUGUGUUGGGAACGGGCCAGAGGAGAGCGAUGGGAGCCGCUGGGGAACGCCGUUAGCUACGACGUCGAGCUCGCGUUCCACCGUAAGCUAAAGAGCUUCCAGUACCAGGAGAACGGAGAGAGCUACACCGUGGACUUCAGCGAGAUGACGCUCACUAACAGCAAGAAGGAGUCCUGCAGGAUCAAGAGGACUCUGCUGGGAGACUCGGAAACCGCGAUCAUUCAUCCUCCUCCAACAUGGACCAAAAUGGAUGGACGGGAUUUAGAAAUAAUCACCUUACAAUCAGAUUCAUCAGAGUACAAGAAGAUAAAAACAGACUUUCUGAGCUCCAGUUUACACCAAGCUGUCCCGCCCCUACAGGUUCAGCAGAUUGACAGGAUUCAGAGUCAGUCGCAGUGGCAGAGAUACUGUGUGCUGAAACAGGCCGUGGAUAAGAAAUAUCCCAAACAGACGAACGAGCGCAUGCUUUAUCACGGCACUACCAAAGACAUCUGCCAAAAAAUCAACCAGAACGGCUUCAACCGAAGCUUCUGCGGGAGGAACGCGGUCGUUCACGGUGACGGCACAUACUUCGCCAGAGACGCCUGGUACUCCUGUCAGGACCAGUACUCCAACGCCGACGACCAAGGGCUGAAGUACGUGUACCGCGCGCGAGUGGUGACGGGCUCCCUGUGCAAGAGCCGGCAGGGAAUGAAGGAGCCGGAUCCCAUCAGGCCCGGUGACCCGCGGGCCGGCCUGCACGACUGCGCCGUGGACAGCCUAACGAACCCGUUCAUCUUCGUGGUGUUCUGUGAUGCCGGAGCGUAUCCGGAGUACCUCAUCACCUUCAAAACGAAAUAGUCUGCGCAUCUCUAUCUCACACACUCAAAAACUGAAAUCUAAGAAAGUAAAAAUUAUCUUAAUUUUAGAAAAAAGGUUGAAAAACUCUUAUAAAAUACAUUGCACACUAGACUAUAAAUCUCAACUUGAGGAAAUUGGCGAGUGAAUUUUAGCUCAUUUUGGAGCAAGAUGCACAGUGUCCUAAAAUUAUUCAUUUAUUGGGAUGUUUUAAAGAAUUUUAAUCUAUUUUCAGGUUAUAAUUUGUGCAUCUUUAAGGUUAACCCUCAGGUGCUCUUCGGUCA